GAAAAAAGAGAAAAGAAAACCUAAAAUUUUGUUUACACGUAGUCGUACUUUAUACGCCAUUGCCAAAAAACAGCGCGAUAUUCCACUGACUGAAAAUUUUGAAGAGAGAGAGAGAGAGAGAGACUGAGGUUGGUUUGUGUUGCGGAUCGAAUCCUCUUGAUUGGUAUAUUCCCAAUAUCACCUCCUUCUAACCUGUAGGCUUUUUAUCAAUAACGAUCUCUUUCUCAAAGCUUGGGUUUAUUUAGGGUUUCUGGUUACUUUAGGGUUUCACGCUGUUUUUCCCAUUCUUAGGGUGACCUUUCUGAUUGUAGUAAACGAUGCUUCCCCUUUCUCUACUUAAGACUGCCCAAGGGCACCCAAUGUUGGUAGAACUUAAAAAUGGGGAGACAUACAAUGGGCAUUUGGUCAACUGUGAUACUUGGAUGAACAUUCAUCUCCGUGAAGUCAUUUGUACAUCUAAAGAUGGCGAUAGGUUUUGGCGAAUGCCUGAAUGCUACAUCCGUGGUAAUACGAUCAAGUAUCUUCGAGUUCCUGAUGAGGUGAUUGAUAAAGUUCAGGAAGAAACCAAGAGCCGGUCAGAUAGGAAACCACCUGGAGUAGGGCGCGGAAGAGGGAGAGGUAGGGAUGAUGGUCCUGGACGACAGGCGAAAGGAAUUGGACGUGGACUUGAUGAUGGGAGUGCUAAAGGUGCUGGUGGAGGCCGUGGCAGAGGUGGAUCAGGAGGAAAGGCGGGUGGAGCCAGAGGUGGGGGGCGAGGGCGAGCUUGAUUCUAAAGCUUUUGGUUUGAAACAACUCGAAUGGGCGAGUAUGCUAUUUUUUAAGGCAUUUUCUGCCCCAACAGUGGUGUCAGACAUCCUUGGUUUUUUAUUUGCUACCGUGUGUUUCCUUUACGGUCAUGUGAUGCAGUUUGGAUAGGUUGUUUUUGGGUAGCAAAUGUGGCUAAACUUAUGGUUUCUUUUUAAAUAUCUGGAUCUAUAGGAUGUAUUUUAAACGAUGUUCUUGUGUAAUGUAACUGCUGGGCUUCUAGCAAGGAACAGCUCAGAAUAUACUCCCAGCCAUGUUCAUUUCGCCGAAACUUCCAUGGGAAUGUAUGAUUCUUUGCAUUAUUUAUUA